GGAUUCUUUUUUUUUUUUAACAUUAAAAAAUGAAAUAAAUUCAAAUUAAAUAAAUUAAGUGUGCUAAAAAACUCUAUCCUACCCCCAAUUAUUCUGUCUUUAUCGUAUUCAAUUCAUAUCAAUCAUAAAAAGUAGAUGAAAUUCUGAAUCCAUUUAUUUUUUUGCUACCCAACCUAUUGAUCCUAAUAUCAACAUAGGUAAAAUGGGAUCAAUUUAGAUAUUCUAUACAAGACUCUAUAAGUGUUUGUAAGGUAAGUGACAGGAUUUUUUCCGGAAUGUUUUAUCAACUCAUUUACAUUUGUACCUGUCGCAAAUUCGAACUUGCGUCAAAAAUAUUCUUAACUCCUUCGUCUCCUUUCACUUCAUACGUAUGAAUAAAAUAAAUGUAUGGAGUUGGCUAAAAUUUUAUGUGAUUCAGUAAACAAAAUAUGCAUUCCAUCAUUUCUAGAUCGAUUCGUAUGGCUCGAUGAAGAGUGAGGAAUUUUUCGAUAAAGAGGAAACUUAAGAUUAAGAUGAUUCGGGAUGGAAAUGAGGGAAUGUACACAAUACCUGGAUUUAAUCAGAUCCAAUUUGAGGGAUUUUGUAGGUUCAUUAAUCAGGGCUUGAUGGAAGAACUUCAUAAGUUUCCAAAAAUUGAAGAUACAGAUCAAGAAAUUGAAUUUCAAUUAUUUGUGGAAACAUAUCAAUUGGUAGAACCCUUGAUAAACGAAAGAGAUGCUGUGUAUGAAUCACUCACAUAUUCUUCUGAAUUAUAUGUACCCGCGGGAUUAAUUUGGAAAACGAAUAGAGCUAUACAAGAACAAACCAUUUUUAUUGGAAACAUUCCUUUAAUGAAUUCGUUGGGAACUUCUAUAAUAAAUGGAAUAUACAGAAUUGUAAUCAAUCAAAUAUUGCAAAAUCCCGGUGUUUACUACCGUUCAGAAUUAGACCAUAACGGAAUUUCUGUUUAUACCAGUACUAUAAUAUCAGAUUGGGGAGGACGAUUGGAAUUAGAAAUUGAUAGAAAAGCGAGGAUAUGGGCGCGCGUGAGUAGGAAACAAAAAAUAUCUAUUCUAGUUCUAUUAUCGGCUAUGGGUUCGAAUCUAAGAGAAAUUCUAGAUAAUGUUUGUUACCCUGAAAUUUUCUUGUCUUUCCCAAAUGAUAAGGAAAAAAAAAAGAUUGGGUCAAAAGAAAAUGCUAUUUUGGAGUUUUAUCAACAAUUUGCUUGUGUAGGCGGGGAUCCCGUAUUUUCUGAGUCCUUAUGUAAGGAAUUACAAAAGAAAUUUUUUCAACAAAGAUGUGAAUUAGGAAGGAUUGGUCGACGAAAUACGAAUCAGAGACUGAAUCUUGAUAUACCCCAGAAGAAUACAUUUUUGUUACCACGAGAUGUAUUAGCUGCUGCGGAUCAUUUGAUCCGAAUGAAAUUUGGAAUGGGUACGCUUGACGAUAUGAAUCACUUGAAAAAUAAACGUAUUCGUUCUGUAGCGGAUCUGUUACAGGAUCAAUUCGGAUUGGCUCUUGUUCGUUUAGAAAAUGGGGUUCGAGGAACUAUAUGUGGGGCAAUCAGGCAUAAAUUGAUACCGAAUCCUCAAAAUUUGGUAACUUCAACUUCAUUAACAACCACUUAUGAAUCGUUUUUUGGCCUACACCCUUUAUCUCAAGUUUUGGAUCGGACUAAUCCAUUGACCCAAAUUGCUCAUGGGCGUAGGUUGAGUUAUUUGGGUCCUGGGGGGUUGACAGGGCGAACUGCUAGUUUUCGGAUACGAGAUAUCCACCCUAGUCACUAUGGACGUAUUUGCCCAAUUGAUACGUCUGAAGGAAUCAAUGUUGGACUUAUUGGAUCUUUAGCUAUUCAUGUAAGGAUUGGUCAUUGGGGAUCUAUAGAGAGUCCCUUUUAUGAAAUAUCUGAGAGAUCAAAAAAGGCACAGAUGAUUUAUUUAUCGCCAAGUAGAGACGAAUAUUAUAUGGUAGCAGCAGGAAAUUCUUUGGCCUUGAACCGGGGUAUUCAAGAAGAACAGGUUGUGCCAGCUCGAUACCGUCAAGAAUUCCUAACUAUUGCAUGGGAACAGAUUCAUCUUAGAAGCAUCUUUCCCUUCCAAUAUUUUUCUAUUGGAGCUUCUCUGAUUCCUUUUAUUGAGCAUAAUGAUGCAAAUCGAGCUUUAAUGAGUUCUAAUAUGCAACGCCAAGCAGUUCCGCUUUCUCGAUCGGAAAAGUGUAUUGUUGGAACUGGACUGGAACGUCAAACGGCUCUAGAUUCUGGGGUUUCAGCUAUAGCCGAACGGGAGGGAAAGAUCAUUUAUACUGAUACUCACAAGAUCAUUUUCUCAAGUAAUGGAGACACUAUGAGCAUUCCAUUAGUUAUGUAUCAACGUUCUAACAAAAAUACAUGUAUGCAUCAAAAACCUCAGGUUCCGAGGGGUAAAUGCAUUAAAAAGGGACAAAUUUUAGCAGACGGUGCGACUACAGUUGGUGGGGAACUCGCUUUAGGAAAAAACGUAUUAGUAGCUCAUAUGCCAUGGGAAGGUUACAAUUCUGAAGACGCAGUACUAAUUAGUGAACGUUUAGUAUAUGAAGAUAUUUAUACUUCUUUUUACAUUCGGAAAUAUGAAAUUCAGACUCAUGUGACAAGCCAAGGUCCUGAAAGAAUCACUAAGGAAAUACCACAUAUAUCAGGACCCCAUACAUUCCCAAAUUCCCAUGGCAUGGAUAUCACAAAAUACUAA